ACUCGUGGGAAGACUCGCCCGAUGCCCAGCAGGACCAGGACCUGUCCAGACAGGCCCAGCAGAGCCUGAACAUGGGCGCCCAACAACAACAGCAGCAGCCUCAGCAGCAAAGAGGUGGUAACUUCCACCCCGGCAUGGGCAGCUUCCAGCCCGGAGCCGCCGCCUUCAACCCCGGUCAGGCCUUCUUCAACCCUGGUCAGGGCUACGGACAACAAUCCUACGGUGGCUACGGACAGCAGUACGGCCAGUAUGGUCAACAGCAGCAGUACAACCAGUACGGCAACCAGGGCUACGGUCAACAAGGCUACGGCCAGCAGCAAUACUCUCAAUACGGCCAGCAAGGAUACGGACAACAAUACAACCAGUCUUACCAACAACCCGCCCAGCAACAGCAACAGCGCCAAGUGCCUGUUAUUGCUAAGAGAGGAGACCAAACCGCCGCACCUAAGCCCGCCGCUGAUGCACCCAAGGCCGCCGUCAAGACUCUCUCGCUCAGCGCCUCGGACACUGGUGCUUCGGCCCCCAAGGUUGAGAAGACUGGUGGAACAAAGGUCCUGAGCUUGGGCACUCCCGCAGCCCCCAAGGUCGAGAAGACCGCUGGCACAAAGGUCCUAUCGCUCAACGCCGAGCCCGCUAAGCCUGCGACAGCCAAGGAGACUGUCAACAAAGCUGAGGCUGGUGCCGGAAAGGCCGUCACCGCCGCUAAGGCCCUGGAGAAGACUGGCAACUCGCCCGCUGCCUCAUCCGGCCGUACCUCCCCUACCCCCUCCUCCGGUCGUAGCUCGCCCACCCCCGCUGAGAAGCGUGCCGAAGCACGUCAGGCCGAUUUGGUCGCCGCAGAGCAGGCUGCCGAUGUUGAUGAGGAGACUCUCAAAGACAUGUACGGCAAGGAGCACGUCAACGUCAUCUUCUUGGGCCACGUCGAUGCUGGAAAGUCAACUCUCGGUGGUUCCAUUCUCUACGCCACCGGCAUGGUCGACGAACGUACCAUGGAGAAGUACAAGCGUGAUGCUAAGGAGGCCGGAAGAGAGACAUGGUACCUGUCAUGGGCUCUCGAUUUGACCAAGGAGGAGCGUUCCAAGGGUAAAACUGUCGAAGUCGGAAAGGGUUUCUUCGAGACUGAGAAGCGUCGUUACACCAUUCUGGAUGCCCCCGGUCACAAGACAUUUGUGCCCAACAUGAUCGGUGGUGCCUCGCAGGCUGAUGUCGGUGUUCUCGUCAUUUCCGCCAGAAAGGGUGAGUACGAGACUGGUUUCGAGAAGGGUGGUCAGACCCGUGAGCACGCCGUCUUGGCCAAGACUCAGGGUGUCAACAAGCUCAUCGUUGCCGUCAACAAGAUGGACGACCCUACUGUCGAGUGGAGCGAGGAGCGUUACAAGGAGUGUACCGGCAAGCUCGGCCAGUUCUUGAAGGGUGUUGGCUACAACCCCAAGACUGACCUGCAAUUCAUGCCCAUCUCCGCCCAGACCACUCUCGGUAUUAAGAAUGCCGUCCCCAAGGACGUUGCCCCCUGGAACGAUGCCCCUUCGCUUCUCGACUACCUGGACAGCAUGCAAGCUUUGGAGCGUAAGCUCAACGCUCCUUUCCUCAUGCCCGUUGCCGCCAAGUACCGUGACUUGGGUACCAUGAUCGAGGGCAAGAUCGAGUCUGGUGUUAUCAAGAAGGACAUGAAGUACUUGAUGAUGCCUAACCGCGUUGAGACCACCAUCUCGGCUCUUUACGGCGAGACUGAAGACGAGAUCCCCAACGCCACAUGUGGUGACCAGAUUCGUCUGCGUAUCAAGGGAAUUGAAGAAGAAGACAUCAUGCCCGGUUUCGUGCUUUGCUCACCCCGCCGCCCCGUCAACUGUGUUACCACCUUCGAAGCACAAAUUGUUCUCCUUGACAUCAAGUCUAUUCUCUCCGCUGGUUUCAACUGUGUCAUGCACGUGCACGCCGCUACAGAAGAAGUUACCUUCGAGGCUCUCCUUCACAAACUCGAGAAGGGUACCGGCAGAAAAUCCAAGAAAGCACCCGGCUUCGCCACCAAGGGUAUGAGCAUCAUCGCCCGCCUGAAGGUCACCGGCAGCGUCGGUGGUGUCUGUAUCGAGACCUUCGCCGAAUACCCCACCCUCGGUAGAUUCACCCUCCGUGAUCAGGGUCAGACCAUUGCCAUCGGCAAGGUCACCAAGCUCAUCAACGAGGACGCUGCUUAAACGGCUACUACCGCUGGAGUUAGACAAAAGGGCUUUCCCUGCCGUUUUGCACUUUUUGAUACCAUGACGAAGAAUAGGGAGAGUGAGUAAGGGGAUCAAAAGGAUCCCAUCUUAUGAGCUUAGGAUAUACAAAAGCAA